AUGGGCGUCUCCAGAUGUAAGGUACAGGGCAGAACUGCACGUGGAGAGCACCACCCUGGACGUAAGGCACGGCCAGGAAGAGUCAGGAUGGGCACCGCAGGCCCCUCGCCCCUGCUGGUUUCCACAAGAAGGUCCUGCCUCUUCCUCCUCUUCUGCCUGCGUGUAGGUGCCUCCUGCCCUCACCCCUGCCGGUGUCCUGAGCAUGCUGGGGCUGUGGCUGUCCACUGCAGCGCAAGGGGCCUCCAGGAGAUCCCCAGGGACGUCCCUGCAGAGGCCGUGCUCCUGAAGCUGGAUGCCAACAAAAUCUCCCACAUCCCCAACGGAGCCUUCCAGCACCUGACCCAACUGAGAGAACUGGACUUGUCUCAAAACUUCAUCGAGACCAUCAGCCCUGCUGCCUUCUCUGGCCUGGCUGGGGGCCUGCGGCUGCUGGAUCUGUCACACAACCGCAUCCGGAGGGUCCCCAAGGAUGCCCUGGGCAAGCUCAGUGCCAAGAUACGCCUGUCCCACAACCCCCUGCACUGUGAGUGUGCCCUGCAGGAGGCCUUGUGGGAGCUGAAGCUGGACCCCGACUCAGUGGAUGAGAUUGCCUGCCACACCUCCGUGCAGGACGAGUUCGUGGGGAAGCCCCUGAUCCAGGCCCUGGACUCUGGCGUCAGCUUCUGCAGCAUCCACCACAAGACCACCGAUGUGGCCAUGCUGGUCACCAUGUUCGGCUGGUUUGCCAUGGUGAUCGCCUACGUGGUGUACUACGUGCGCCACAACCAAGAGGACGCCCGGCGGCACCUGGAGUACCUCAAGUCCCUGCCUAGUGCCCCUGUGUCCAAGGACCUCGUUGGCGCUGUGCCCUAG